AAACGCUCUAUCUAUUUGAUGUUCCCGCCGAGUCCGUUAAUCGCAUGGAGCAGUAUGCUCUACUUCUCAUGCUCCAUUUGUAAGCUGAAGCUUAGUCGACUCCUCUCUCUAAGCCUCACCAAAUCCCUGUGUACUGCAGCUGCAACCUCUUUCUUUCAAACCCAGAAUCUAAAGCCCCUCAACUCCAAAAUCUCGACCCACAUGCGCAAUGGGUUUGUCGAAGAAGCCCAGAAACUGUUCGACGAAAUGCCUCACAGAAACACCGUCACCUGGAACGCCAUGAUUCGUGGGUACUUUCUAAACGGGCUGUUCAAUGAUGCGGUCAGUUUGUUUGAUCGGAUGACCGAGCGGGAUGUCUUCUCGUAUAACACGGUGAUUGCCGGGUUGAUGCAAUGUGGGGAUGUGGAGGGGGCUAGGCGAGUCUUCGACGGGAUGGUUUUCCGUGACAUUGUGACUUGGAAUUCAAUGAUUUCCGGGUAUAUUCGUAAUGGCAGGAUCGGUGUAGCAGUGCAAGUGUUUGAUGGGAUGCCGGUGAAGGAUGUGGUUUCAUGGAACUUGGUAGUUGGGGGACUUGUGAAGUAUGGGGAGUUUGAUUUGGCUGAGGAGUAUUUUAAGAAGAUGAGCAUUCGAGAUUGUGCUUCCUGGACUAUAAUGAUUUCGGUGUUUGCUAAUGCAGGACGGAUUGUUGAAGCUCGAGAGCUCUUUGAUGACAUGCCUCUGAGGGAUGUUCAGGCUUGGAAUGCGAUGAUAGUUGGGUAUAUAGAAAAUGGGUGUGUUGAACUUGCAGAGGGGUUGUUUCAGAAGAUGCCUGAGCGGGAUUUUGAAUCUUGGACUCAAAUGGUAGAUGGGUUGGUCGAGGCCCAAAGAGUUAAUGAUGCCUUGAAGCUAUUCAUGGAGAUGCCAGAGAAAUGUCCCAAAACAUGGAACUCGAUCCUUUUGAAAUUAAUAAGAAAUGAGCUCACUAGAGAAGCUCAUGCUUGUCUUGAGAAGACACCUUACAGAGAUGUCAUAUCAUGGACGAAUUUGAUUGUUGGAUAUUUUGGAAUCAGAGAGGUUGGCGUCGCAAUUAAACUUUUUGAGUCCAUGCCUACUCGAGAUACAACUGCAUGGAAUGCCACGAUAUUUGGAUUAAAUGAAAACGAUCGUGGUGAAGAAGGUUUGAAGCUUUUCAUGAGAAUGAAAGAAUCAGGGCUAUCACCGGACAAAGCUACAUUUACUAGUGUUUUGACAAUCUGUUCAGACUUACCAACCUUACACCUAGGUAGACAAACUCAUGCACAUAUAGUAAAAGCAGGAUUUGGUGACAUUGUUUCAGUUUCCAAUGCUAUGGUUACCAUGUAUGCAAGAUGUGGGAACAUGGAUUCUGCUUUACUGGAAUUCUCGUCCAUGCCUAGCCGUGAUGUCAUCUCUUGGAAUUCUAUAAUAUGUGGAUAUGCACAUCAUGGGAAUGGUGAUGUAGCUUUGGAGAUGUUCGAACGCAUGAGAUCAACAGAUGUUCAUCCAAAUCCUAUAACAUUUGUCAAUGUUCUAUCCGCUUGUAGCCAUGCAGGGUUGGUCAGCCAAGGUAAAUACUACUUUGACAUGAUGAGAUACACGUAUUUUCUUCAACCUACAACUGAGCAUUAUACAUGUAUGGUUGAUUUAUUCAGUAGAUUUGGGCUUAUAGAUGAGGCAAUGAGUUUUCUAGAUCAAAUGAAAGCCGAUGGAUUUGAAAUUCCUGCUAGUGUAUGGGGGGCAUUACUUGGAGCAUGUAGAAUCCACAAGAAUAUUGAGGUGGGUGAGAUUGCUGGAGAGAGGGUUCUGGAAAUAGAGCCUGGCAACUCUGGUGUAUAUUUGAUUUUGGCAGAAAUGUAUUUGAGUAAUGGAAGAAGAGAAGAUGCUGGGCGGAUUAAGGCAAGGAUGAAAGAGAAAGGAGUCAAGAAGCAACCGGGGUGCAGUUGGAUCGAGGUAAACAACAUUGGGAAUGUAUUUCUUUCAGGGGACAAAUCCCACCCCAAAUUUAGGAAGAUCUGUUAUGUGUUAGAAUUACUGUAUAUAGAGAUUGAGACUCAGUUUCCAAAACCUGCUGCAUUGCUUCAACAAGUACAAGUUCCAUUGAAUAUAUAUCUUGGCUGACGUUUUGUUACUCAAGGCUUUGUUUGGUGCUCUGUUGAUUUGUACUCUUCAUAUAAUCAUCAGACUCAGAUUGCAAUGGAUGUUAAGUCAUUAUGAAUUGUUGUUGCUAGUCAACUGAGUUCAAGUUUAUGAACAAUUUUCCAAGCCAUUAGAGGAUGUUGAAGCAGAUGAUGUAACUUGUAAGCCUUUGAUUUUUUACAAGACGAAGAAGCAGUAGCCUAUCAGAUAUGGGUUUGUGUAUGCAUUGGCAGUGGCCAGAAGCUGCCAAGCUCGCAUCUAAUCACAAUAGAAGCGCAAAGGAGAGAGAGGAAUUGUCCAUAGAUUGUUGGAGAAGGAGUUUUCAGCAAGCCCCCUGUUGAUGUGAUCAACCAUUUAUUGAACUAUCCAUAGUUCUUUAGCCAAAAUGAUAUCCAUAUAUCAAAUUGAUUUCGAUGCUAAAAUCUGAUGUCCCUGGGAAGAGCUAAACAGGUAUAAAGAAGGGAGGUGAUUCCUGGCUCUUAUAUAUACUCUGUAGCUUGACCUUUUACCAAGGAAGAUGUCGGUGUAUUUUCUGGUUUGACAAUAGAUGUCGAAUUAGAGUACAUGGGUAUCUAUAAUCAACCAGUUCAAGGUUCUGAAAUUUUUUACCAUAGUAUAUAUGAAUAUUAACAAAGAUGAAGAAGCAUCCAAUUCAUCCUCUGUAAGCUUGGUUAA